CGUUCGUCAUGGUUCUAAGUUGCCCUGUACAGAAGCUCGCAGCCCAACGGCAAAGCUCCGAAGUCCAAACUGUUCAACUCUACAUGCGGUGCACAUGAAUUGACAUGCUGAAUACAUGUUCCAGCAGACGAUCGGCUGUGACCCACUUGUUACUAUGCAUUCAUUGUACUAGGGUAACUCAGGCUACACAGCAGCUCGCUGAGAUCGAUUGAAAACUUAUGCCCGAGCGGUAUUCCAAGAAUAGAUGCCUAUGACUUCUGAGACCGUAUCAGCUCGUCUAUAAGAAGGGUCUGCUUCGCAUCCUUGUACCACAUCAAUCAACAGCUUCUUCUUCAGCUUCAGCUUCUUUUUUCAACAUGCUCUUCAACGCCCUCAUUGCUUCUAGCAUCGUCGCCUUUGUUUCGGCGGCACCUGCUCCAGUCGACUACAAUACCGUCGACUAUUCCGGUAUUGACUGGAACACAGUCAAGUACGACGUCGAUUGGAAGACUGUUGACUAUUCCGGUAUCGACUGGAACACAGUCAAGUACGACGUUGACUGGAAGACUGUCAACUACGGUGCUCCUACGCCAGCUGCUGCUGCCGCUGCUGGCCCAACUCCUGUGGGCACACCUGCUGCUGUCUCAUCUGUUACACCUGCGGCCACUUCUGCUCCAGCAGUCGCAAAUGCCUUCAACUUCAUCUCGACCCGCUCCGGUGACAUCAAUGUGCACUUGAGGCCAUUGUACGCCAAGGGCAACGCCAUUCGCAUCGGCGGCACAGCACCUACCUCGCAGACUCCCAACGUCCCUCAGCUUGCUGGAUUCCCUACCACAAGCACGACUUCCUUCCUUAUUGCAAACGAUCGCGCUUCUCUUGCAGUCUCUGUUCCUGGUGGCCAGCAGGUCUUCGUCAACUCUGACGGCCGCCUCUCGUACACUGUCCCUCACUCUGGCAACACUGGCACUGGUUCUACAGUGACAGGCUUUUCUGUUGCUUCGUCUGGCAGCAGCAACGUCAACCUGAACUUCAACGGGAAGAACAGCUUCCUUGCUUGCCCAGUGUCUGGUGCAGCUGGCGAGUACGACAUCUAUGCCGCUGAGAAGACGACCAGGACUGACUGUACUGGCAUCAGCAUCCUCGGUGUUCCAAACGCCAACCCUCCUCAGGCAUGGCAGUGGUAGAUUUCUAUAAGAUACUAGUCCAUAAUGAUAAUGCUGAUGAUACCUAUAAA